UAACAUGAAUUAAAAAAAUAUAUAUAUAUACUAUUCAAAAUAAAAUAGAAUUUAAAAAAUUAUAUGAAUUUCAUCGAAAUCUAUAAGUAUUAUGGGUAGCCCCGUUAGCUUUACGUGGAUAUCUUAUCUUCUAAUUUCCGGGGGCCCUUGCGGAUACACUUCGACCCCUAGGGAUCUUUUGUGUAGUUGCCCCCUUAGGAAAGACCCAUUAGCUACUCAAGAGCUUUUUUGACCAUUUCCAUGUGCCGGAUGACACAUGGAAAUGGUCAAAAAAAGCUCUUACGUGGAUAAAACGCAACUCUUUUACAUAAUUUAGAUUUGUCCCCAUUCACCCCAUUAUUGUUUGUUAUACUUUUUACAAACAACAAAAAUUGCAAAACACUUUAUCAAUUAAAUUGCUCAAUCUUGUUCUACAUUGUAACGCACCGACGAUUCAAGGAUGUCACAUUUUUUACACACCAGAUAUCUAUUCAACCAGAAAAAGGUCAUUUGGCAGCCUAGUUCAUUAAAUUUUGUGUGUUAUUCUAUCGCUGAACAUCACUGAAAGUGGUCGUUUUGAAAAAUGACGAAAUUCACGGGAAAUAUUGUUUUUAUUUACUGUUGUGUGGUGACCCUAGUGGUAGGGGUGUAUAUAGCCAAAGAAGAAUGUCCUCCAAACGAAGAGUACCUCCUCUGCGGCACCGCCUGUCCCUUCAACUGCUCCAACCCUGGGCCGGUACCUGUGACCUGUUCUGAUGACUGCAUCGAGGGAUGCUUCUGCAAGUCUGGCUUUCUGAGGAACGAUACUGGAGUGUGUGUUAAUGCUGAUGAGUGCAUUGGAGAAACCAACCCGAUCUGCUCAGCUAACGAGGAGUUCCUCGCUUGCGGCACAGCCUGCGCGCGCACCUGCACUGACCCUGAGCCCUUGAACUGUGGUCUAGCUUGCAGUAUGGGGUGCUUCUGCAAGUCAGGAUAUGUCAGGGAUCAGAAGACGAACAAAUGUGUCACGUUGGAUAAAUGCCCAGUUUCCCCUAUUGAACCAUGUCUAAAUGAGAAUGAAGUCUACGACCUGUGCCUAGCUAGCUGCGAGCCCUCAUGUGACAACCCUACCCCCAUCUGUAGUAAAAAGUGCACUGGAGGCUGCGUGUGCGCACCCGGUCUGCUCCGCGACGGUUUUGGGGACUGCGUCAGUGUGGACAAGUGUGGAAAUGGCACUAGCACUGAUGGGGCGCUCAAGCAGUAUAUGGAUAUUAUUAGUAAAAUUAUGACUUUGUCCAAACCGUAGAUAAUUUUUAAGAAAUUCAUAUACAUAUAACAUAAUAAAAUUAUGUAAAAUAAUGUUUCAUAUAAUUACUAUUACCGUCUUUUUGUAAAACGGACCCAUAGACGAACGUUACUAAUAUUCAUCUAAGACACUUAAAAGGGAAGAAAAUUAGAUUUAUAGGUUUUCCUGUUUUUCAAAUUUUGCAAAAAAAAACUCGUUUCAAAACAGCAAAACUUAUAAACUUAGAAAAUAUGGUGUUAAAGCGAUCGACAUCAAAAUCAAAGCGAUUAUUAUUUUUCUUAUUAUUUAUUAUGUAUCGUUAUUUAUGGAAUGGAAAGUUAAAUAUCAGCAUGGAAAUCCAUUUAAACCAAAAUUUAAUUGCUUAUCGUAAUAAGCGAUUUGUUAAGAUUUAGUUAGCGGAAACAUUUUCCUCCCGAAAUGGAAUUUCAUAGUAAAUUAUCGUCAUUUCGUUAGAUGCAAAAGCUAUUCUUCCCUCUUAACGCAAAUUAAAUGUCCCAUUCUUGGAGACAUAAUUAAGCUACCUCUAUAUCAGGUAUCUUAUUUAAUUUGAAGUACUUUCAUAAUAAGUAGAAAAUAUAGAAACCUGGAAAAGUUAAGUUAGCCUCCUAAGACCCAGCCAUACACAUGUAAAAUCCAAAAUUUGUCACUGAAAUUUUUACCUAGAGUGUAGGAAAUAGAGUUGAUUUUGCUUUGUUUGAAAACUGAAAGAAACAAAGCAAAUUCAAAUAUUCCAAUUGAAUAUGAUAUAAAUUUUAUCGAACUAAAGUCCUAUAGGUCGGACCUUGGGCAUUAGAAGGUUAGGUACAGUCACGUCUAAAAAUAUCGAUACGAACAAAGAGAGCCAAAAAUAUGAAUGCACGACCUUAUUGCCCGUAAUAAUAUAUUAAGGUAGUGUAUAAAUAUUUUUGGCACUUUAUCCGUAUCGAUAUUUUCAGACGCGACCGUACUAUAAUAUUAUAUUGCUUGUACGAUAAAUAGUUGAAGAAUGAAAAUAAAUACUCCAAAAACA